AUGUCUGGAAUGUCUUUCGAGGUUGCCGCUCAGAAGAUGCGGGAAUUGAAAGGCGUCGCAGAAGCCGAUAUGGAAGAGCUCUAUGGUCUUUACAAGCAAGCCACCGUUGGCGAUAAUAACAAGGACAGACCCGGAAUUUUAUCUCUAAUGGAAAGAAGGAAAUGGGAUGCCUGGACGAAGAAGAAGGGAAUGAGCCAAGAAAAAGCCAAAGAGGAAUACAUAAAGAAAGCCGAGUCCCUCUUGUAA